AUGAAUAUAAGUCAGAUUGACCCACGUGAGGAAAGGGCGUUUGUUUGGCGCCUCGACCUCUUCUUCCUCACUAUCGGAUUUCUUGGAUACAUGUUCAAAUAUAUCGAUCAAACGAAUAUUAACAAUGCCUACGUGUCUGGCAUGCAGGAGGACUUGUCUCUUUUCGGUAAUCAGUUGAACUACUUUACAACGCUCUUCAGUGCCGGAUACAUCAUUAUGCUUUACCCUUCUUGUGUAAUUAUUUCGCACUUUGGGCCAUCAAAAUGGUUGCCAACCUGCGAGCUGAUCUGGGGCAUCUUAACUUGCUGCUUGUCUGUGGCGAAGAAUUAUCAACAGGUCUAUGGACUUCGUUUCAUCAUUGGCUUUUUUGAAGGGACUGCCUGGCCAGCGUACUUCACAAUGAUCAGCCAAUGGUACCUGCCACAUGAGAUUGGACUCAGAAUGAGCAUAUACAACAUCGCACAGCCUACUGGCGCGAUGCUGUCUGGCGCAAUGCAGGGAGCUCUCGCAACUAACUUGAAUGGCGUUCUAGGACGCUCCGGUUGGAGAUGGGCCUUUCUCAUCAACGGAGUAUGCACAAUUGCGGUUGCUCUGGCGGCAUUCUUCAUCUUGCCUGGAUACCCAGAACGCCAAAAUCCGCUCUCAAAAUUUUAUCUUAAGCCUCGACAUAUUGAAAUCGCGCUUGCUCGUGGCCGCCGGGUCGGCCGCAAGCCUCAAACCGGCAUCACUAUCAAGAGUUUUCUGCGCUGCUUUACCUUCUGGCAAGUUUGGGCUAUAUCAAUUGCGUGGACAUUUGGGGCAAACACCAUUCCUUCAAACUACUAUAAUUUGUGGCUUAAGUCGUUGAAGAACCCGGAUGGCACCGUUAAAUAUUCCGUGGGAAUGCUUAAUUACCUACCAAUUAUAGGCCAAGCGAUCCAAUUGGUAUGUGAGAUACUAUUCAGCGGGUUCAGCGACUUUUUUGGUAAACAUUUACCAUUCCUGCUACUUCAUUCUGUUAUCAACAUCACAUCGUUGGCCAUAUUAAUUGUCCGGCCAGCCAACGAACAUGCGUACAUGGCUGGCUGUGUAUCUACAAUGCUUCUCUGUGCCUGGGCCUCCAUCCAUCUGCAGGACGAGCCCGAGGCACGUACAGUUCUCUUUGCGACUGGAACUGUGAUGUCUUACAUCUGUAAUGCAUUCAUACCAAUCGCUGCCUAUCCAGCUGUUGAAGCACCUCAUUGGAGAAUUGGGGCUAAGUUGUAUCUUGGCUUUGCCGUAAUGGUCUUCUUCCUUAUGAUUGGCAUUCACUUCGCCUUUAGAUGGCAGAAAAAAAGGAAUACGUAG